UCCAAUUCCAUCCGUUCCCCAAUUGAAUAAGGAAGUGUUCAUAACUGGAAUGGGACAUUACUCACUUCUCAUCUACAGCUCGACCUAAGAACAUCCUUCUGCGCAUUGAACUUACAUUUUGUAUUAAUAACUUACAUUUUCUAUUAGUAUUUCAAUUGAUUUCGUAAAUUGUAAUUAAUUCUUAAUAAAAUAACAUUAAAUUCUUUAUAAAAUCAGAAGUGGGAUAAUCAGAACCUGUGUUUCGUAAAUUGAAGACUUACGGUUGGUAUUUGAAAAGAAGAACAUAAUUUUUAAAUCAAAAUAUGCUCACAAUGAAUAAAAAAUCGAUCAAAGAACUAAAAGACGAAUUAAUAAAACGAAACUUACCUCAUAAUGGUACAAAGCGACAAUUGCUUCAACGUAUACUCGAGUAUGAUAACGCGCAACCUAAAUCAACAAAUAUUUCGCAGGAAACUGCAUCAACAGAAUGCUCUUCCAACAGUUUCAUAGAUGAUGAUGCGCUUCGUGCCAGAGAAUGGGACAUGAUUCGUCGUGAAAAAGACAUCAUUGCAAAAGAGCGACAAUUUUUGGCUCAGGAUAGAUUACUGCGAGAAAAAUUAAUGUUGUUUUCAAAAUCAAGCGUACCUGCAUCCGAGCAGCGUGUACAUAAAAUCCAGUGCAGCAUUCGAGAAAUUGCAGAUACAAUUCCUUCGUUUUCACCCAGCGACAUAACAUCGAUGUCAGCCGAAGCAUGGGUUACUCGCGUUGAAAAUUUAAGGAAAGUAUACGAAUGGGAAGAAAAACCUCUCCUUAUGGCUGCUGCUUCCAAAUUGAUCGGACCUGCAAAGUUCUGGUGGGAUACAUUGCAAGAGUCGACAAUAUCUUGGGAACAAUUGGCAAGUGGAUUAAAACUUAAUUUCCCAAAUCGAUAUAAUGAGCUAGAGAUUCAUCAAGAACUUAUUAAAAGAGUUCGACGUCCAGAUGAAAAUAUCGAAAGUUAUUGUUUCGAAGUAAAUAUGCUAGGUAAAAGAAUAAACCUCACAGAAAAAUCUAUAACCCAAUAUAUUUUAACUGGAUUAAACGAUCGCGAGAUGAGUGCAAAUCUUGCAGCAAGUAGCUUCAAAGAUAUUCCAGAUCUUGUUGACAAAAUCAAGUUGUGUGAAAACAUAAGGAAAAGUUCCCGGUCAAAACCAAUUUCAAGCCACGUUAUGACACCAAUGUAUUCUAAGCCGGCAAUAAACAGAAGUUUUAAUUCAACUUACACCCCUAAUACGAAAAGAAACGAAGUAUGCUGUUACAAUUGUAAUCAACCCGGACACUACGCUAGGCAAUGUACCAAGCCAUAUGGUCAGCCGACCGUAUGAAGAAAUGGAUACAACUUGACGCAGAUUUCGACGAGGACGACGAAAAUGAUAGGAUGGCCGAGUCUAUAACAUCCCCGCUUCAAGCCAAUUCCAAUUCCAUCCGUUCCCCAAUUGAAUAAGGAAGUGUUCAUAACUGGAAUGGGACAUUACUCACUUCUCAUCUACAGCUCGACCUAAGAACAUCCU